AUGGCUGGUUCUCUUGUAUGGCCCUUUCUUGGGGCUGUGCUCGUGUGCCUCUUGCUACGCAGGAAGACAGAUCAUCGCCUCAAGCAUAUUCCCAUUGUGCGGUAUUCCAAAUAUUUACCGGACAUAUUGAACAGGAUCAUGUUUUAUUCAAGGGCAGCCUCGUUGAUAGAUUCGGGAUAUGAGAGGUACAGAGAUGCUCCAUUCCGAAUGCUUACUGGUGAUGGAGAGCUUGUCGUGUUGCCAGUCAAAUAUCUGGCUGAGAUGAAACAUUUUCCACCAACAGUGAUUAGUUCUUUGGAUGCGCAGUACAAAAAUGCCCUAGGAUCCUACACCAACAUCAUUAUCAACAGUUCCCUGCCUUCCAAGACAGUUCGAAAACGUCUGACUCCAAAUCUAGCACGGGUGAUUCCAUGGGUAAUAGAUGAACUACGCUACGCAUUCAAUGCCGCUCUCCCAGAAUGCGAAGAUGACUGGGUGUCAAUCAAGCCUCACGAAAUGUUUGUCCAUCUAAUCGCCCGUGCUACAUCACGAGUCGUCGCAGGCGACGUCCUUCGCCGAAAUGAACAAUGGUUAAACACAGCCAGUUCCUACUCGGUGAACGUCGGGAUCACCAUCUUCCUUCUCCGACCCUUUCCAACCUGGCUCCGUCCACUUGUUGCGCGAUUUUUUCCCUCCGUACGACAAAUGAAAGCACAGCUACGUUUCGUGAAGGAUCUCUUCAUCCCCAUGAUAAACGAGCGUUGGGCCGCACAGGAGAAAGCACUCGCAGAGAAUGAUCCAGGUUACGUACCGCCGGAUGAUUUCCUGCAGUGGAUGAUGGAUAUGGCGAAAGACGAGCAAGAUAAGGAUCCUGAGCUUUUGGCGCAUCAUAUGUUACUCCUGAUGAGUCUUGCAGUUGUGCAUACAAGCUCGAUGGCCAUGUGUCAUGCGCUUUAUGAUCUUCUAUUGAUGCCAGAAUAUUUGUACCCGUUGAGAGAGGAGGUCAAUGAGACGCUUUCGGGAGGUUGGGAGAAUGCGACGAAGAGCUCUUUGGAUAAUCAGCGGCGGCUGGAUAGCUUCUUGAGAGAGUCACAACGCUUUGGUCCACCUGGGGAAUUAUCUUUCCACCGGAUUGUAAAAGAGUCAUUUACUCUUUCAGACGGCCUCUUCAUCCCCAGAGGAACACAUAUCUGCUUUCCGGCUGGAGCCAUCAGCAAAGAUCCCACAUUCGUUGCAAAUCCGCUAUCCUUCGACGGAUUCCGCUGGUGUCAGAAACCGAAGGAUCGUAACGCCCUCGCAACAUUUACAUGCCACGAGGAACACUUCAGCGAGAAGCAACUGGAUCAGAUUAUCGGAACCGAAGAGGACACCACAUGUGAUUCUAUAUCCUCGCUAAUCCCCUCAACUUCUACAAGGUUUGUUGAUAUCACCGCCUCAAGCAUGCACUUUGGGGCAGGCUUCCAGGCUUGUCCGGGAAGACACUUUGCGAGUUGCACUAUCAAGGCAAUUUUCAGCAAGAUCAUCAUGGAUUAUGAGUUCAAGUAUGAGGACGGGAGGAAUAAUCGAAAACCUCCUAAUAUGUGUGUUGGCGAGCAUAUUUUGCCUAAUACU